AAAACAACAAAACAAAGACCAAUACAACCUCUAUGGUAGAGCCUGUAGUUAACAAGUUUACAAGUUUUGAACUUGAGGACAGCACUGCAAGUUGGGCAAACCAAGUAGAAAAUGAGCAAAAAUAUCAAACAGAAACUCUCAAAACUCCUUUGACCUCAAGAGAAACAUGUAACAACAAUGAAAACUUGGAAAACAACAAGCAUACAAAAGACACAAAAUACGUGUCGAAUGAUGAAAACAACAAACAGGCACCUGAUAACAAGCACGUGUCUGACAACAAACAUGUGCCGAAGGAUAACCAACCAGGGCCCUCCUCUGCAGGUACUCCAAAUGACACACUAACCAAACAACCCACAGGUCUCAAAAGGGAAACAAAACAAUGA